AUGGGUACAAGCCUUCUAUUGGCUGUGAAAACUGGGCGCGAGCUUCUUGACUUGCAAGACUCUGAAAAUCAAACGCUCAACAACCUUCGGAUUUUCUCAGGAAUUUGGUUCCUCGUUUCUUUUACUGCCCUCAUCAUUUUCUUAUCAGCAUCGUUUGCCCUCUUGCUGGCCUUCACACGCCAGAUCGAGAUUCUGGGUAGAAUCCAACGCGAGCGCGAACAGCUUCUCUCAAGCCGAGUGUCAAUUGUCUCCGCUAUUACACCGGGAUCCGCACUUACCACAGACAAGGCCGACUGGCGCAACGAAGGGCAGAAAACUCGAACAAAGCCAUCAAAUCGGAUUUUCGAGCGAAUCUCGGUUUGGCUACCCUCACUUCAGCCAGACGAGGACGACGAUCCCCUUGAUAGAAACUCUAACGAGCCCCGAAAUCCGUUCGAAAGAAGACCCAGUAACCCUGGUAGACAAAUGUGGCUUGCAGGAAACGAAGGAAACCUGAGACAAAAGGUUGCGGCUUUGGACCGAUGGGAUGGAGGUCGUAAGGGCGACGAGUUAGCUAGAAAACAUCGGAAACGCAUGAUUGAAUAUUGCGUGCGCUACACUUGGCAGACUGUUUUCUGUACGCUGAUCGCGACGUCCUACAUCGUUCUCAACAUCUUCGUAGUCUCAGCCAAUUAUUCCGAACGAUUGAGCAGUGGGCUUCUUGGUCAUGGGGAGGAGGUCCUGGAGCUGUUCUCGGGCUGCUAG